AUGCGGUCCUCAAUAAUAUACUCGACAGCACUACUCGCCAGUGUCGCAUCAGCUGCGCCAGCCGGCAAGCGUGACUUCUCCCCCGACAACGUCUACUUCCCUCUCGAAAAGGGCUUCCCAAACCCGAACCAAGACCAGACUCUUCAAAUCCAACUCCAAGCCCACGGCACCCUGCCCAACGGUCCACCUCCACCGUCUCUCAGCCCCGAAGGCAUCAAGAACCUCCAACUCAUCGCCCUCAACGAACUCUUUGAAGUAGCAUACUUCACCGAACUCGUGCACAACGUAACCAACAAAUACCAAGGCUACGACCUAGGCCGCGGGCACGAGUACGUCCUCGAUGCCCUGACGGCUAUCGUUGCGCAGGAAGAACUGCAUUUGCUGAAUGCCAACGGCGCGCUGAAAAAAUUUAACACGGCGCCCAUCGAGCCGUGCAAAUACUCCUUCCCCGUGACGGACUUCCAAUCCGCCAUCGCGCUCGCGGGGACAUUUACAGAUCUCGUUCUCGGCACGCUACAAGACGUCAAUCAAAUCUUUGCCGCCAGCGGUGACGCAGCUCUCGUCCGCGGCGUGUCGAGCGUGCUGGGCAACGAAGCAUCUCAAGAAGGAUUUUUCCGCCUCGUCCAGAAGAAACGGCCGACGAGUCAGGCUUUCCCUAACGACCGCGACAAGGGACUUUGCGUUCACGGCUAUCCAGUCCUUUACUGUCCCCGGCUCGUGUCCGAAAUAUCGCGACGAUUUCCACUCAAGACAUUCGAAGGGCCUUUGCGAAUGAUGCGGGGGCUUGUUUUGAAGGCAAGGGAUCUGAAGGUCGUGUUCAUCAACAGCCAAAACAAGCCUAUCGUGAAGGGCCUGGACAAGUGGGAUGUGAGGGAGGAGAAAGUCGUGUUUGAGGCGGCGUUUCCGUAUGAUGAGUUUUUGAUGAAUGGGUUGACAAUUGCAGCGGUUACGGUGGGCAAGGAUGAGUUUGCGAGCGCGGAUGAAGUUGCCGAGGCAGCUGUAUUUGGGCCUGGGCUUAUUGAGAUUGACUGA